GUUGCAAUUGCAAAUUCAAUGAGUACGAACUGCAGGAUCUUUAAUUAAAGCAUAUGAUUUAAGGCCAGACCUGCUUAAUAAAUGGAUGCAUGAACGUGCGAACGAGGGAACGAACUUAAGACUGAUGAAUGUUAUUGACCCUUCAUAACUGUCUUAUUAUGGUUGCGUUGUAGAGUCAAGUGAACUGGUGACUUUUUACACUCCAACAGUUGAUUGCAUUCUGAAGUUAGCCACAAGCAAGCUGACAGGAUACACGUGACACUUUGACGUCAAAACUGAUUUCAUGUCUCACAAUGCGGUAAACGUGCUCUUAAUACUUUUGGUUACCAUCACACUCUUCUACGGGUUUAAAAAGAGGAAAUUUGUCAUUUAUUGUGGACGUCUGGACCACUGUUGACGCGAACGGGAAGAAGACAUUUUUUCCUGUCACUUACGCUCUGCCUCCAGUUAGCCACAUUUAGUUACAAACAAAAUUUUUACCUUUAUGAGAAAAACUAUGAUAUUUAUUUUAUGUCAACUAUGGCUCUAUAUUAGAACAGAAAUAAACAAUAGUUACUUUUCUGAAUGAAAACCAAAGCUUCAAUUGAAUUUGGUAUCUGAAACAAAGAAAACAGUGUGUAAGGAUGCAUCAAGCGUCCAACGAAUUAUCAGCAUGUAGGAAGCCGAUAUUGUUUUUGUUUUGUGCUAUCCUUUUUAAGAAUGCAUUCGACCCUUUGAGUGGCUCUAUCACACUAAAGCAUAUCUAGGUGAUUGUAGCGUGAAGCAACUACAAGAAUUGUUUCUCCCCCCAGAUGGGAUAUUGAUUACCGCUUUGCAACUUUACCAGUGCCCCUUUUCCCCCAGAAAGGAGAGUUGCACCGUGAGAGUUAAGUUUUUCUCAAACCAAAUUGCCCAAAUGUGUGACUUAAUACAAAGGGCACGCGUUAUUAAACUCCCAAACUCGCAAAUAUCUGAGCGAGCAAAAGGGCGCUUACCACUCAGCAAAGCGAUCCAAACGGUCAUUUUCCUCUAUUUGAAAAUUAAUUCAUUGAAAUACGAACUACAGAGAAUGUUUUGCAAUUUUUCCCGGCCGUAAGAAAUCUUACUUUUUCGAGAUAAGAUUACAGCAAUCGUUGAAUGCGUUGGGAAAGGUAACCGCGCGCUAUGCACGCGCUCCCUGUAAUAAAAACGUCACAAGACGAACAAUGAUGAAUGGAUGGGUGAAGGUUAAGUCACAGAUGAGAAAUGAAGAUACGAUCCCAGAUUUUAAAGUACAUGCAUUUGGAUAGAACUUACUGUCUGUUAACAGGCAGGAAUGUUCGCAUAGUUUUAGAAUUGUUUCGCCUGAUUGAUGUUCAUGAUGAAAUGGUUCUCAAUGAUGUGCAGUUCUGUGCUUUCAUGAAGACAGCCACUGACCUGAGCACAAAUCAAAUCUACAAAGUGUUUGACAUGUUAGAUGUAGAUGGGUCUGGUGCAAUGGACUUUGAUGAAUUUUACCUACUCAUCUGUAUUCUCAUCGCGGUUCAAGAUAAAGCGGAGAAAAACUUCAUUUACCGCCAUUCAAGGACCGUGUUUGACCUCUUAGAUGAAGAUAACAGCGGAAAUAUCUCUGCCUAUGAGUUUGAAACGUUUGGAUUUCUGUUCAACCUACAAGGCGAAGCUAUUCAAACCAUAUUUAGGGAAUUUGACGUUUCUGGAGACCAGGAGCUCGACUACUCAGAAUUUAAAAUGUUUGCCAUGGCCUGCAUUGACCGACAGUCAGAGAUAGAAUCCAGCAAAGACAAAAAAUCAAAUAUUCUGAUUGAGUCAGCGGGGAGAAUUUGUAGUUCAUGUGCUGUGAUGUAAUUAAAAUUUCAUACACUCCUCUUACACCUGUAUUUUGAGGAGAUAAAUUUUUUAAGCCAGGACUCACGUAGUGAAUCUAAGCAUCUGGGUAUGGAAAUAA